AUGAUGUCAGAACAGGACUUGGCAGAUGUUGUUCAGAUUGCUGUUGAAGACCUGACUCCAGACAACCCAGUUGUGUUGGAGAAUCAUGAAGUGACAGAUGAUGAUGUAGAGCCUGCUCUGAAACGUCAGCGUAUAGAAAUUAACUGCCAGGAUCCCUCAAUUAAGUCAUUCCUGUAUUCCAUUAAUCAGACAAUAUGCCUGCGGUUGGAUAGCAUUGAGGCAAAGCUGCUGGCACUAGAGGCGACCUGUAAAUCACUGGAGGAGAAGCUGGAUCUGGUCAUGAACAAACAGCACAGCCCCAUCCAGGUGCCCAUGGUGGCAGGUUCUCCUCUUGGCGCCACGCAGACGUGCAACAAAGUACGAUGUGUUGUCCCUCAGACCACGGUAAUACUGAACAACGACCGGCAGAAUUCAAUUGUAGCCAAGAUGGUUGGGCAGGAAGAGCCACUGAGCAGAGCAGCGGAUUCUCUGGAAAAUAUUCUUAGCAAUGCUGUUCCUGGACGCAGACAGAACACCAUAGUGGUGAAAGUUCCAGGGCAUGACGACAGUCACAAUGAAGAUGGAGAGAGUGGCUCGGAGGCCAGUGACUCAGUUUCCAACAGUGGACAAUUAGGAAGCCAAAGUAUUGGGAACAAUGUCACGCUUAUUACGCUGAACUCUGAAGAGGAUUACCCCAAUGGGACAUGGCUUGGAGAUGAAAAUAAUCCCGAGAUGCGGGUCCGUUGCCCCAUCACUCCUGCUGACAUGCUGCACAUCAGCACAAACUGCCGCACAGCUGAGAAGAUGGCGCUGACAUUGCUGGAUUAUCUUUUCCAUCGGGAAAUUCAGGCCAUUUCCAACCUUUCGGGCCAGGGGAAGCAUGGGAAGAAGCAACUUGAUCCUCUCAUGAUUUAUGGAAUUCGCUGUCACCUGUUUUACAAAUUCGGGAUCACAGAAUCCGACUGGUACCGAAUCAAGCAGAGCAUAGACUCCAAAUGCCGAACAGCCUGGAGGCGGAAGCAGCGCGGGCAGAGUCUGGCCGUGAAAAGCUUUUCCAGGCGAACGCCUUCAUCAUCGUCUUACAGUGGUUCAGAGGGUUCGCAGAGUUCGGUUUCAGCUUCUAAUGAGAUCCAGCAGAACCAGCCACAGGCACUCCACUAUGCACUAGCCAAUGCUCAGCAGGUUCAGAUCCACCAAAUAGGAGAAGAUGGACAAGUCCAAGUGAUCCCACAGGGCCAUCUCCACAUAGCCCAGGUUCCUCAAGGCGAGCAAGUCCAGAUCACGCAGGACAGUGAGGGAAACCUGCAGAUCCAUCAAGUUCACGUGGGUCAAGAUGGGCAGGUGUUGCAGGGCGCUCAGCUGAUCGCUGUUGCUUCUGCGGAGCCGGCGUCAGGGGGUGUUGAUGGAUCCCCGCUCCAAGGGAGUGACAUCCAGGUCCAAUAUGUACAGCUGACACCAGUGACAGACCACUCUGCGACCAAUCAAGGCACUGAUACCCUUCAGUCAGCAAUCCAGCCAGAAAUGCAGAUAGAACACGGAGCGAUCCAGAUUCAAUAA